AAAAGGAUGAAGUGCAGUUGGCUGCAGGAAAAACCCUCGUGGCACUUGCCGGCACCUUUUACAAUUGGGUGAUGUAUGAGCUGCAGUGUCACGUGGGCAUCAUGGAGCUCCCUCCAAUUUACUUCUUGAUUACACUGGGCGACUUGGCCUCAGCCUAUGCACUGAGGUCUGAGCCCUUCCUUGUGCUGAUGCUCAGCAAAUUGCGUUUUGUGCUGAGGCUGGUGGAGACCGACCAGAUGAAGCGGGCGCUGUGUGGAGUUGUGGAAGGCUUUGCCCAGGCUGCCAACCUGAUAUUUCACGUCGGGGACGAGAGCCCGUUCCCUAGCUGCCGGGCAGCCGACUAUGGUUUUCAUGUGCUCCCUUUCUUUAAUCUCAUGAGCAGCAGCUGGCCGACAAGCGAGGACCUGGAGCUGCAGCAGGCUGCGGUCAAGGCGCUGGGACCCGCAAUGGGCCUCCUUCUCCACCAUGAGAAGCAUCGCAAUACUGUUUUUGAGAGGCUCCCCUGUCUCCUGCAGCAAUACGAGGGAGGGGUCGACAAUCUUCAUGUCACCAUGAGUCUGAGCCAGCUCUUGGAGGUAGCCUAUGAUUUUGAGGUCCCUCUCCCCGAUGGGAAACUCAAGAGCAUCUGCUUUGCCCUGCACACCCAGGUGUGUGAUAUCGCACAGCUGCCGGGAUCAGAGAACCAGGUCAAGGUGUUCUACUGUCUCCGCCUGCUGGACCAAUUUAUUUCCUUUGUGGGCUCCCGCCUCAAGACUGACAAAGAGGGAAGCUGCGUGGCAUCCCUCUCCAUCUUUAGCGGCAUCAUUGCUGCUGACUUGCCCGAGAUGAGCCAGAAAAAAUGUACUGUAGUCAAGGCCAUGAGGUGCAUGCUUGGUGAUCAGAGCGCUGAGGUGAAGAAGGCCGUCCUUCAUUUCGUCAGGACACUGCUCAGUGUGCAGGGCCUGGAUGACUGGGCCUGGGACUUAGUGGCCUAUAAUUUCAAGCAGUCCAGCUUGUCUAGGAGCCAAAUGCCACAUUUCCUAAGGUUCAGGGGCUGCUGGCGCGACUCCUGGUGGUUGCCUCGGCCCUGGGUGACAGCACAUUCUGCCCUGCGGGCACUGUGGGCUCUGCACCGCAUGAUCCACCCUGCUGUUGGAGAGCAGUGGAGGGUCAAGAUUCCCAUCCUGCUCUCGACUAUUGAAGCUUCAGGAAAUCCUGAGACCUCCCAGGACAAUGUGUGGUGGGAGCACCUGCUGCUGAAGUUCCUGAACAUGACACUGAAGAGCAUUGCUGACGAUGCCUGGAGCAGUCAGCUGAGCCUGGAGCUGCAGCACCAGACAGCCAGUUAUGCCUGCUCCUCCCCGGAGAAGAGUUUCCUAUAUAAGGCACUUGGUACCACUUUGGCCUCUUGCCAGGAUGUUGCCCAUGUGAAAUCCCAGCUCCAGAAAUCUCUGAAGGGCACAGAUUACAUGAACGCUUCUGAGAGAGAGCACGUUGUGACCAUCCUGGCAUUCUCAGCCGAGGGCCACCUGGACCUCACCCUGGGCACACUGGAGGACUUUGGUGCGGCUCUGAGUAAAGUGCAGGUGUCUGGGAUAGUCGGCCGCCUGCAGGACUAUCACCAAGGGAAAAGAGCCAGGACCCACAGGGCCUUGAUACUGGCCUACGGCCGAAUUGCUGUCCAUGGCCCCCGAACACAGCUGCUCCCCCGCGUGGAGCAUGAUCUCACCAGGAAGGUCCUGCAGUAUUACAUGACCAGCUGCCAGGUGCUUGGCAUCAACUUUGUCAAUAAGGACUUCAUGAAAGAGGAACCAAUGGAUUCCUUGGCCUCUCCUGUUCGCCUCAGGGCCAUGCUUGCCAUUAAGCACCUGAGCAAGGUGAAACCCUCACUAAAUCGGGAUGAGAACAGAAACAUCCUGGAUGACUGCUUAAAAUGCCUGCUGCCUCUUCCAGCUGUUCAGCAGCUGAGGGAAGAGGGUGAGACCUCUCAGGACUCUGUCCAAGUACAGGCACUGCACGAGUUGUCCAUGCAGGCCUUGGGCGAGCUCAUGAGGGGCCUCCUUGAAGAAGACCCCGCUGAGAAUUGGUUCAUGGAAAUGGUCCAUCUGCUUGAGCCGUGGAUCUUCUCUGACAAGGAGCGGGAGAGAGAGAGGGCCUUGCAGGCCAGCUCCCAGCUCUUUGUUGCCUAUCAGGAGACAGUCUAUUGCAGACUACAAGAGCCUUUGGAGCAGUUUGGGUCCCUGCUGGGGCUGCUGACACCAUACACUUGCAGCUCUCUUGCUGCAUCCCGCCUGUGGGCCGCCGACUGCAUUUUCUGCCUUCUGCAGCUACAAGGAGAGAAGAAGUGCGUGGUGUGA